CACUACUAGCACUUUUUUAUUACUUUUAUAUAUAUAUAUUAUAAAAUUAUAUACGAUAUGUACAUGUACAUGCAUGCAUUUCCUACUUGUAGCGUUUUUAUCUAAUUUAUAUAUAAAUUAUAAAUCCCUUAAAAAAUAUUCACUCUUCUCUCACUGUAUGGUCACCCCUUGCACGUUCCUUUGCCCCCUCUUCUUGUCAAUAUAUCACUCAUCUUCCCUCUCCGUCUUUUCUCUAUAGCUCUUUUUUUUAAGGGAAAGAGGGCUGAGAGAGGGAGAGAAAAGAUGGAUAUGUAUGGGUUUUCAACUCCAGAACUGUUUCGUAUUGAUGAUCUUUUGGAUUUGUCCAACGAAGAGCUUUUUUCAUCUGCUUCCACUUCCACCAACAACGAUCAUUUUCCUCCUUCUGAAACCCCUCCUUUCAGCUACGCUUCCGCUUCCUCCUCCUCCUCCGCCGCCGCCGUUGCCUUUCAUCCCUCUUUCUCAACUGACUUCACCCACGACAUUUGCCUUCCCAGUGAUGACGUGGCUGAGCUGGAGUGGUUGUCGCAGUUCGUAGAGGGUUCCUUCACCGACUUCCCAUCGAACUCGCUCGCCGGAACCCUUAACCCUAAAAAUGAUCACUCGUCUUUUUCAAGCAAAUCUCGGAGCAAGCGUUCGAGAGCUCCGACAACACUGAACGCGACAAACUGGACGGCGAUGUCGGAAGCAGCAGCUACAUUAAAUGGAAAGUCGAAGACGAAAAAGGAAGUCCAACGUCAAGCAUCGCCAGCGGCGGAAGGAGGGGUAAGGCGAUGCACGCACUGCGCAUCGGAGAAGACUCCGCAGUGGCGGACGGGACCAUUAGGACCCAAGACAUUGUGCAACGCUUGUGGGGUUAGGUAUAAGUCGGGUCGGCUUGUGCCGGAGUACCGACCCGCAGCAAGUCCGACAUUUAUGCUGACUCAGCACUCGAACUCGCACCGGAAGGUGUUGGAACUGCGGAGGCAGAAGGAGCUGUCGAGACAGCAGCAGCAGCAACAACUACAACAGCAAGAGCAAGUGCAUCGUCAGCACCAGCAGCACCUUCAACAGCAUGACUUUGAGGUGUGCUGACGUGUUAAAAAAUAACUGUUGUUACUGUAAUCAUGUUCAAUGGGA